CGUUAUGUCACUGUGGGAUGGGAAUAACACAUCUAAGUCUAAGCUGAUUGCUGUGCUGAGCAAGGAAGUGUGGAUUUGAUCACAAACUAAAUAGAGAUACUAUAGAUAGGAUUGCUUAACUCACAUUUGCAAUUAAAUUCAAGUACUAUCUUAAUGACUUUAUAAUUGUGUGCUUUUCCAGUUUUCUAACCAUUUUCAAUGAAGUUAUACAAAUAAAGUUUUAUAUACAUAGGUACUGUGCUGGAUCUUUUACAAAAAAUCUUCAUUGAAACAAUAAAUUAGACCUAUUAGAAUGGGUGGUUUAUUUGGCAAGCACAAAAAACCUGUGAGCAGAGUGACAGAACAGGACAAAGCUGUUUUACAAUUGAAGCAACAAAGAGAUAAAUUAAAGCAGUAUCAGAAGAGAAUAGAGUUAAAUUUUGAAAGAGACAGGGAAUUGGCUAAAAAACUUCUUAGUGAAGGAAAGCGGGAUAAAGCUAAACUGGCACUGAAAAAGAAAAGAUACCAAGAACAAUUACUGCAGAAUACGGAAGCUCAGUUAGAAAAAUUAGAACAAAUAACACAUGAUCUUGAAUUUGCCCAAAUAGAAUUGCAGGUGCUUGAUGGUCUCAAGAUAGGAAAUGUGGCCUUAAAGAAAAUACAUGAAAGUCUCAACAUAGAUGAAAUUGAAAAGAUUAUGGAUGAAACUAAGGAGGGAAUAGAGAAACAGAAAGAGAUAGAUGAACUCAUAUCAGGUCAACUGACAGAGGAAGAUGAUGAGGCAGUGGAGGCUGAACUUGAAGCCAUUUUGGAUGUUGGUGAACAACUACCAGAAGUGCCUACUGAUCAGCUGCCGGAUUUACCAGAUGAGAAUUUGUUGGAAAAACCACACAAGGCCAAAGAAAGUCCGAGCAAGAUUGCUGUAGAAGCUUAACAACUUGUUUUUAAUUUAUCUUGUAAGAUUGUAUAUUAUGUAAAGUUAAGAAAACUAUAUUCUACAUUCUGUAUAAAGAAUAUAACAUAUUUUUGGAAUUUCA